AUGCCUAGGUAUUAUUCCAACACUUCCUACUAUGACUAUCUCCAAUAUCUCUAUCUUCCUAUUCACUUCUACUUCUUCCUUGUGGUGGUGGUGUUCGUAUUAGGGUUCACAUGGUACAUAAACUAUGAGUCCAUGUUCGAAGACUUGAUGUCUCAACUCAGACUAAUCCUGUGUGUCAUUCCCAUAGUGCUGCUGCUGGUUGUCCACUGGCUAUCGAGCGAAGAUCGGCGGAGGGUCCCCUUCUUGAUCUCGUUGCCGGAGGAGAGAGACUCGCUUCAUAGGGCGGGAGGGUCUCCAUGGGGUGUUGCUGCUCUACUGCUCUUUCUUCUCUACAUGGUCUCUUACCAGUCCAAACUCCGUGAAAAUUGGUUUCCGUUGCUAAGUAGAAGGUGA